AUGGAUGCAGCUAUCAUUGCUAAGUAUCGUUCUAUGGAUUCGGGUCAAACAGCAACGUCUAUAGCAUCCUUCAGUGUCAGCUUGCCUUAUUACAUCGUUCGAUGGUUUUCGUUACUGUACCACCUAUUGGACACUUCCUUUUAUUUGCAUCUGCAGCGGCAAGGCAGCAAGUUCUAUACCUUUUGGUGUCGUCAAGUUUUAUCUCGUCUUAUUGUGGUCCUAGUUGUUGUCAACCCUUUCAAUGGAUAUCCUGCUACGCAUGCCUGUUAUCGGUGGAUCAUAUCAGCUACAAGCAAGAAGCAGCAAUGA